CUCCCAUGUGAAUGUGUCUAACCAUCAGGAAUACACACUUCACUUCUGAGUGCUCAUCCAUAUAUCUUGUACAAGUGGGCUGGCGCUAGCCGUCUUUACCUUAAAUCUAUUCUAUCACUGUAGACGAAUCACCUUCCGAGGGCUACUCGGUCAGCUCUCGGCACUCACCGUAAAUUGUGCAUGGACGGAUUAUAAAUUUAGCAACCAACCAGCAAAGCUCACAGUGCCAGGGCAUUUUCCGGGUCACGGAAAGCCUUGCCGGAGCUCAUGAUAAGAAAAUCCGGCAACAAACGACCCCAAACAGGAAUAUGGCAGCGGUGUCGGAGCCUCCGCGCUCUCAAGCAAAUCCACGCCCUCAUGGUCGUACGAGGCUUCCUCGCCCACCCCUCCGCCCUUCGAGAGCUCCUUUUCUCCUCCGCCGUCUCCGUCCCCGGUGCUAUGCCCUACGCCCGCCGCCUGUUCGACCAAAUCCCCCACCCGGACCUCUUCAUGUGGAACACCAUCAUCCGCGGCGCCGCCCACACCCCCACACCUAUUGACGCCAUCUCCCUCUACGCCCGGAUGGAGAGGGGUGGCACCUGGCCCAACAAGCUCACCUUCCCCUUCCUCCUCAGGGCCUGCACCAAGCUCUCCUCGGCCUCCACCGGCGCCCAAUUCCACGCCAAGAUCGUUAAAUUUGGCCUGGAAUCCGAUGCCUUCGUCAGGAACGCCCUCAUUAACUUGCACGCCAAUUGUGGGGACCUGGCGGUGGCUGCUGCUCUAUUCGACGGCCCUGCAAGACGGGAUGUUGUCGCGUGGUCCGCUCUGAUUGCCGGCUAUGCAAGGAGAGGCGAACUGGACGUUGCCCGUCAGCUGUUCGACGAGACCCCGUCAAAAGACUUGGUCUCCUGGAAUGUCAUGAUCACUGGUUAUGCGAAGCAAGGUGAGAUGGCGAGGGCUCAGGAGUUGUUUGAUCGAGUCCCGGAGAGGGAUGUCGUGUCAUGGAAUGCGAUGAUCGCUGGGUAUGUGCAGUGUGGAUCACAAAUGCAGGCGAUGGAGGUGUUUGAUCAGAUGUGUCGGGCAGGAGAACGGCCUGACGAGGUCACCAUGUUGAGCUCACUGUCAGCUUGUGCCGACUCUGGGGCUCUUGAUUUUGGGCAGAGGAUACACCACUCUCUUCUGAAGAUGUGUUCGAGAAGUGGCUUGAGUGUAGUUACUGGGAAUGCACUGAUAGAUAUGUAUGCAAAGUGUGGGAGCAUAGAGGGAGCCAUGGAGGUCUUUAGAGGCAUGAGGGAGAGGGAUGUUUCUACUUGGAAUUCAAUCAUUGGAGGGUUAGCUUUCCAUGGGCACAGCAAAGAAUCCGUGUUUCUGUUCAAAGAUAUGCUCAGAGAGAAGGUGAGGCCGGAUGAGAUCACUUUUGUUGCUGUCUUGGUUGGUUGCAGUCAUGGUGGGUUGGUCAAAGAGGGCAGGGAAUACUUCUCCCUCAUGCAAAAUGAGUAUGCGAUCGAGCCAAAUAUUAAGCAUUAUGGGUGUAUGGUGGACAUGCUGGGACGCGCUGGCCUACUGGAAGAGGCAUUCAAAUUUGUGGAUGCUAUGAAGAUUGAGCCAAAUCCUAUUGUGUGGAGGACAUUGCUUGGAGCUUGUAGGAUCCAUGGGAAUGUCGAGUUGGGAGAGCGUGCAAAUGAACAACUUCUAAAGAUGAGACAUGAUGCAAGUGGGGAGUAUGUGCUGCUCUCCAACAUAUAUGCUUCAAUGGGGGAGUGGAAUGGAGCAGAGAAGGUGAGGAAGUUGAUGGAUCACAGAGGAAUCACCAAGGAGGCUGGCUGGGCUUUAAUUGAGGCAGAUGGUAAAGAGCUGAUGCACUUCUUGUUGCAGCCAGCGACUGUUUCGAGAUUGAAAGGAACUGCUCGAUGACUAUUGGUACAACUUUAUAAUCAGGAUUCCUUCAGUUUGGAUUUUCUGAAAUGUAUCCAGGGGAAUUGUUAGUCUGGAACACUCAUUGACCAUAACAAGGAUUGCUGCCAAUAUAUAGGAGCCAAUGCAAGGAAGUACCUAACAUUUUGAGGUCGAGAUAUGGUUGCGGACAGAUCAGGCCACCCUGGUUUUAAUACUGUCUAUGGAUAUUGAUCUAUGAGCCUUAUUCCACAGAAGCAGCGCCAUGCUCAGUCAGAUUGUUUCAAUUGCCAACCCCCAGGCAUGCAGCUCCAUGUACUCAGGAAUUUGAUGAUAUGAAAGAUGCCAAUAUAGUGUCAUGGAAGCUUAAUGAUACCAGAAUUCAGCAUGCAUGUUGUACCUGGAUAAAAUGAUUGGCCUCAAACGUGGAAAUUUGGAAUUGGAAGAGACUGGGGGAUGCUUUUUGCCUAUAGUUAAGGAACCAACAUCAUUCAACUGACUCAAAGACUGUGCACAGGAAAUUUUCUUCUGCUCGUUCUCCUGCCAUUCCUUGCGUGCUGCUUCUAUCUUUGCAUGGACGCCACCAUGGAAACCAGGAUAGAGUUCAUAACCAAAGAAUUUUUUGAGUACCGGGACAUCAAACGGGAAUUAAACCUGCAAAAUAGAGCCUUGCAAAUUAGAGAACAUUGGUGAUUACCUCAAGGAACACAGAAGGGAGCCAUCAGUAGGGCUUGAGGAAGGUUGUCUCAAAGAGAUGGAGCUCGUUUCUGCGAAAGAUGGAAGACCAUGAACCAAAUCAAUCUAAUCAAAAAUUACAUUUCCAAUCGCAACAUUUUAGAAGAUCGCCAUUGUCCUAGUUGUGGUUACCUCAAAUAUUCCAUGGCCUAAAAGUUGUCGAGUCUAGCAAACUGAGCUGCAAGAAUAAACUUCGAGGAAAUGUUGUUGUUACCAUUAGGAUCUAAUCUCAAACAGGUACUAACUUUUACAUUGUGAUAAAUCCAUGCUGAAGAAUUCCUAUA